ACCACCAUACCAUUACUCGUCACCUUCCACCCGUACCUUCGAGCUUUCUCGCUCUGCCGUACCAGCUCCAUUGAUACAAACCCCACCACACACGCUGCUCGAUCUUAGCAUUCAUCAUGUCGGACCGUAUCCCUCAUCUCCGCGAGUCUUCGGUAGAUUUCGAAGAUAACUAUACCUUCGAUCGUCCUCCUCAACUCAACCUGAGCACUCAACCCGCUGGGGGUUCGUCGCCCAAUGGUGCCAGUACUGUAUCCCAAGCUGCCGUCAUCACAGAUCAGACUCCGAGGCGUAUGGCGUCUUCUCAGUUGGAAGAGGCAGGACAGCACUACCCCGCCUCCGACAGCACGGCCACUGUUAUGGCAGAUGAGGUUGCAGCUGCCACCCAAGCUGCUCUUCCCCGUCUUGACCCUGUUGUGCGAGCGCACAUCUUGUUUCACGUGAACCGUGACUACAACGGCGCCGUGCAACCCUUAACCGAGGGAGCUGUAGCCGCCCUGAACCAUGACUAUGCCUACAGCUCGGUUGCUGAAUGGGUCCAAGGGCGAUCGCAGUUCUCACCCGCUGAUCAACUGGGCUUUGACAUGUCUAACAUGCUUCCUUCUCGGAUCCGGACUUCGACUGCGGCUCGAACCGGGAGCACCGUGGAGUCGUCUUGUACCAUGGUCUCGAGGUCAACGCUCAAGUCCACGAAGACGUGGGGGGCCCACACCGUCUGUGCUGCUGGGCAGCAGUUCGAGGAUGUUUGCACCCCCAUCUACCAUUCCCAUCUUUCAUUGGAUGAUUGCGAGGAUUGCACGUGAGGUGCAAUGCCAUCUGCAUCCUGCCAGCCUCCAUGGAUUGAUACUUCAUCCCACAUCGUCAACAUCGACGUCGAUGAUCAAGGAUAAUUCAAGUAACGAAAAAGAAGAUGGCUGUGUCAGAACAAUGAUGUGAGAAUAGCAAUGUUGGUGAUACUGGUCCCCAGUAGCUACCUGCUAGGGACCUUG